UGUCUCCGCUUGUUGUCAACUUUAAGCUUAAUCUUUAAUUAUUUGGCCUACCUCUUUUACAUCUGAACCGAACGGACUUCGAUUUUACUUUAAUGGCUCUCGUUAACGACCGAAAGAUAAUGAAGGCUGGAGUUUUGGGUCCUCUGAAGUUGUUUGAUUCAUAGCCUUCAACAGCCACACAAAAUGGAGAAUCGUUCAAAAAGAACUCCAUCCAAAACCAAGACGUGCCAGUCAUCACCCGAGGACUGGUUUGAGAGAAGGCAGAGAUCAGUGGACAAUCAGCAUGAAGUGCCACCAAAAACACACAUUCACAGCAGCAGCUCUCAAACCAGCACUGAUCUCAAGGCCCGCACGGCUCUGAAGGAAGGAUUAAACAAGCAUACGGGAAAGACAAUGAAGGACAACAGAGCUGAGCCUUCCUCUCAGGACAAAAGAAUCAGCCGGAGGUCGACAGACAGAGGAUACAGAGGGAGUGGUCUAGAUGAGGCUCUUCACAAUAUCAUCGACACAUGCCGUGAUCAGGGCGUCCCGUUUGUGUUUGCCUUGUCGAGAAAGGCACUGGGCCGCUGUGUUAAUAAAGCCGUCCCGGUCAGCUUGGUGGGCAUCUUUAACUAUGAUGGCGCACAGGACCAUUAUCACAAAAUGAUCGAGUUGUCGGCCCAGGCCAGGAAGUCCUAUGAGGUGAUGAUUGCAAAUCUGGAUGGCGAUUCGCAGGAGGAUCUACAGGAGGAUCUACAGGAGGAGGAGCCGCUGGGAGAAACUUCUGUAACAGAAGAGCCGGAGUACAUUAAAAUCUGGAGGAAAAUGCUGGAGAAAGAUUACAGCCACCCUUUCCUGAAUUUCGAGGACAAAUUUUCAUCCCUUUCCAUCGGUUCAGAGCAGCUUCUGGAUGAUGAAGGAAGUUGAUGCAAGUACAAAGAUUGAGACAGAACGUCUGUUUGUGUUUGUUUGCUUUCGUGACACGAAAGCAGAUUCCCACAGUGUUUGCAAGCCCGUGUGAGCCUCUAGCACUUUGAAAAGAUGUGUCAGGAAUAGCUUGAAGUACCAAAAUGUGCCUGUCAAGAGCGUUUUAUUCAAAAACAUAAACCAUAAACGGUUUCUGUGACGUGGAAUGGUGUGUUAAAUCAAGAGGCAAUACAGCUGAAAGUAGAGAACAGCCCUUGACUACAAAUAUUUUCUUAUAAAUAUAUAUAUAUAUAUAUAUAUAUCAUGAACUUAGUUUAAUGUUUCCAUAGUCUGAAUGGUGAAUAUUUUUGCAAAAUAGCUGAUAUCCCUCUAUUUCUAUUAAAAGAAGUGAAAUAGUUUGAUAACAAUCAUUGAAAUAAUCUGAACCACUUAAUUUAUGUACACGUUUACAUUUGUAAUCAGAUGUAUCCUGCAAAAAAUGACUUUCCCUUCAGUUUUUGUCUUAUUUCCAGUCCAAAUAUCUCAAAAUUCUUAAAGAAAGACUUAUUGUUUUGGAAAAUGGGCUCAUUUUACAAGUCCACUAGAGUUAAACAGUUGAGUUUUACCAUUUUUAAAUCCGUUUGGCUGAUUUCUGGGUCUGGCGGGAGCUCUUUUAGCUUAGCUUAGCAUAAAUCACUGAAUCGGAUUAGACCAUUAGCACCCUCAUUUCUGCAUAAUAAUGAAGGAAUUUUGCUGCCAUACCAUGGCUGCCAGAGACGCUAUGAUAUUUAUGCAGCGACAUUAUCUAGUUACCUAGCUGGGAACUAUUUUCAGGUGCUGCGUAAUAUCAUUUUGCCUGCUGCAGCCAUGGUACGGCAGCAAAGUACCUUGAUUAUUACGCUGGAAUAAAAGUAUAGUUCCUAGCCAUAUCAAACUGAAAAUAGCAACAUUUCAUUUCUUUGUCUCUUACUAAAUGAUGUAACUACAAAAGAGUCUAUAUAUAUAUAUAUAUUAAAAAUUUUGUUUUUUUUUUUAUAGUUUGAGUAACAUGCUAAUGGUCUAAUCCGAUUCAAUGCUUUAUGCUAAGCUAAGCUAAAAGUGCUCCUGCCAGACCCAGAAAUCGACUACAUGGAUUCAAUAAUGCAAAACUCAAAUAUUUGACUUUAAAUUUAAUUAAAUUAGCCUAUUUCGAAAAAAAAAAAUGUGUUUCUUUGAAUCAAGAAGCAUUUAAAAAAAUAUAUAUUUUUAAAACAAGUCAAAUAAUUUGAUAUUGGGGUAAAUAAAGUAUGUUUUUACUUUUAAAAUAUGAUUACUUACCCCACUGGCAGAUAAUUUAGUUGAAACACACUCAAGAAAAUGCUUUUAAAUUUAAGAAUUUGUAGGUAUUUUGAUUCAAAACCAGACAAAAACUAGAAAAUCGUUAUUUUGCAGUGUAUCCUGUCGAAUGCACAAUUGUACUGAUCAUAACCACUGUGUGCGCUAAUUAUCAACAGGGUGUCUUUUAGUUCUGAAUGAUGAUGAUUAUUAUUAUUAUUAUUAUUAUUAAUAUGACCGUGAGCUGUUUGUAGGAAAACCUCACCCUUCUAGAACUUAUUAAACAUCACUUACGUAAAUCACAGUCUUCACUUUUUAAUUUCUAACUCAGUUCCUCAACACUAGCUCAUCCAUUAAUACAGAGUCCUUGAGCUGCUUCUCCUUCAGUCUCUUAGUCAGCUCUGUGUUUGUUUGUUUAUUGCUAUGGAUUGUCAUUAGUAGGGAAUGUGGGAGUUGUGUAGUACUCCAUGGUCCAUGGUAUUUACAUGUAGCAUAGAGCUCACAAUUCAACUUAGCAGUAACAAAUCAUUUUUAACUUCUGUAUAUUUCAGAAUGUUGACUUUGGGACCAAAACCAACUUUGUGAUUGUGAAGGUUUUCGAGUUUUCUCUAGUAUUUGCAAUAAAUUCAUUGCAAUAAGUCA